GGCAGAGAACUACUGGUGGCGAGGUCAAAACAAGCGCACCUUGAAGGUCGGCCCGUUCCCCAGAAACGUGGUGACAUCAGUAGCGGGUUUGUCGGCUCAUGACAUCAGUCGGCCGCUCAAAAACAGCUUCAUCCACACAGGACACGGAGACAGCAACCCUCAUCGCUGCUGGGGCUUCCCUGACAGGAUCGACGAUUUGUACCUCGGUAAUCCCAUGGACCCUCCUGAUGUCCUGAGUGUGGACCUCAGCGGUGCUCGGCCCACACAGCUACCGGGACGAGCUAGAAGUGAGUAAAAAAAAAAAGCAAACUGUAAACACGUG